AUGGCUAGGACAAGAGGAGCUCAUCGUGGUGGCUCAAGUUCUUCACAUGCUGAGGCUUCUGAGCAAGAGCCUAGGCAGAGACCUACUGCAUCUGUUCGUAGAAGAGGUAAGGGUCAUCGUACAGAGAGUGGUCCAUCAUCUCAUGGGGAAAGUGGUUCAUCAACUAGUCAUGGAGAAGUUGGUCCAUCAUUACCAACUCCUACUGAUAUUCAUGAGGAGCAAGAAAAUAUAAUUCACCAUGAGGAGGUUGUUGCCGGGCAGGACCACGAUGUUUUAGGAGGAUUUCCUGGAGGACCCGAGGAUACAUCUUUGUUGACCGGAUUUGCUGAUCAUGUUGCAUGUGCUAUUUGGGAUGGCCAGGACCGAGUGGACAUGAAGUUAGUGUCCCAUGGCAAGAAAUUGAAAAGAUUCGGAGUUUGUCAUGCAGCUAUUCAGCCAUUUGUUCAAAAUUCAGGGUUGAUGCCACUAUGUGAUAUAAUAUAUGAAUAUCCUGAUAAGGGUUUGAUACUAGCUUUUGUUGAGAGGUGGCAUAGAGAGACCAGCAGCUUUCAUCUUCCUUUUUUUUGUUGUGCACCUUUGGUUUUAACUUUUCGCAUUGGAGCCACCAUUGAUGUCAUUGCAGGACACGCAAUUUCAUGUAACUUUUGUUUGAUUAUUACUUUUCCUGCAAUAUCGACUUCACUGAAACGAUUCACAACCAUAUCAAUUUCCUUGUCUAUGCAUAACCUAGGAAGCGAUUCAUUUGAUGAAAUAUUUGAGAAGCUUAAUCUAGUCCACAUUAUAUGAAGAACAGU